CCUUAUUUGAGAUCCUCCUAUAAACCUGUUGACUUGUAGCAAGGUACGAUCGCUAGAUGUUUGUUCCAGACUGGAGACUAAGAUGUCCUGUGUCUGCUGUGGCCACAAACACUCCCGUCUGCCCUCCUACAGACUGCACCAUUCUCCUCCUUGGCUCCUGAGCUUCAUUUUUGCCAUUCAGGUAAGUGAUGGCCAAAUCAUCUUAAGGCUUCAUGGACACUAGUCUAGCAGGGGCAACUGUAAGUCAUUUUAAGUGGUCACCUUAAGUGGCAAAAUACUCAAAAUACUUUGGUGGGUGUUGUAAAUUGGGACAGAUAUACUGUGUAUUAAGCUCAGUAUUGUUUAUUCUGACCUACAUCAUAAAACCAAAAUCAGGCAAAUCAGUCAUUAGUUUUGUCACUGUAAUUCAGGUAUGUUUUAUCCAUCUGCCCUGUAUGAUGACUGCCAUUUGGGUUAACACGGACCACAAGUCACAGGGCUCCUUUAUAAAUAAAAUGAAUAAUAACAUCUGAGAAUGGGAUGCACUAUUUUAGCCAUCACUACUGUAAAACAGAGCUUCCAAAUAGACUUAUCCCUUCUGCCCUCCUACUCUAUUAGAGAGGCAGUGGUUCCCUUCUUAGUUGAAUGGUGGUAUCCUUCUUAGUUGAAUGGUAGAUAUUACACCCUUACGGGUUACAGACUUUAAUUUACUAUUAAUGUUUAUUUUCACUGGAGAAUUCAUGGAGUACAUCCUGUCAAUCUCCUUCAAGUUUCUAACAUUAGUCUCUCUCCUAUCCUUAUCAACUCAGACUGUGAUAAUAGGAAUAGUUUGUCAGGUUGCAGUAGAAGGUAUUAGGUUGAGCACAUUAAUUUUAAAGUGCCCACAGGGUGCAGUGGAAGGUGGGUUUACUUACCCGAGGCUGUUCCACCAUCCUCCUUCUGGAGAUCUUCAGGUGAGGGCUGCGGGAUUCAGGCAAUGAGCUCGCUUAUCACAAGAUGUUAUCUGUGGAGGUUCUCGCAGGAUCCUCCAUAGACCUCAGGCAUGUACUCUUGCACAAGACUACAGCAAUGACAACGCUCCGGUUAAAUGAAGCACCAGGAGCCAAAGAAGAAAUCCAUGAAGAAGAUGACGGUGGUUGCAAGGUAAACCUACCUUCCACUGCACACCGUGACCACCAGCUUGAGGAAUGUGAUGUUGACCUUUUGUCACGCCCCUAUCCCCAUCCUCUUCCUCCAGAGUUCAGACCUCCACACCCUUCUCUAUGACAAAUGAUAGGUCGGAUAGCCACUGGAAGCCUGGAGUGGACAGUCAAGCUUGGCAGCCUCAAAUACCGGCUGUAUUGAUAAAAUACUAGCGAAGUGUCAACCUAUCUUAAAUAUGCAGCAACAUUCAUUUCUAUCUGAGAUAUCAGUGAUAAGUAGUACAGUUAUUUACCUUUUUCACAACUGUUAACCCUUUAGUGAGAAGGGUUGACAAUAUACUUUUCACACUGCUAGAGAGCUAGUAGUGACUUUAGGGACACACUCACAGUAUGCAAAUUCUGCUAUACACACACUUAAUGUAAUGUAUACACACGAUCACACACUGCUAGACACACACAAUGAAAGUAUAGAAACACUGCCAUACACACACUCAUUCAGAUAGUAUACACACAAUGACACACAUUGCUUAUAUACAGUAUACACACACAAAACAAUAUUACAACACAUACACAUAAUGACACACAGAGUGCACACACAAUCAGACACAGUAUACACAUAAUGACACACUGCCACAAACAUACACAACAUACACAAUACUACACAUACAAUCAAACACAGUAUGCAUACAAUUAAAUAAUACCACAUCCACAUUCUGACACAGUAUGGACACUGACAAAUACUGCUAUCACACAUGAUUUACACACUGCUACACAUACACAAUGCUACACGCACAGUCAAUAGUACACACAUUCUACGUAGUAUUUUAGUGAUUUGCGGAACAUUCAUCUUAUUAUGUUAUGUUAUUAUGUUAUUAUUUAAAUAGCGCUAACAUAUUUUGCACACAAAUAUGCAAAGAACCCAGAAAGUGACAGGUACUCUUUAACCAAGGAGUGUGAGUUUUCAGAAAUUUUUUCAAAUAAACAAUUGGAAGUACAAAAUGAGUAUAAAAUACUCUUACCUCAGCUCUAGCUACAGGUGAACAACAUUUUUGCUUGCAUACCAGACAACAUUUUGAGAUGAUUCCCGGCAGGUGUACACGGGCUGUGUGCCUGGAAUUAUGGAACAUUUUGGAGUUUGAAUCAGUUGCCAGACUCUGCCAGCACAGCCUUAUAUUCAACAGAAAUGCAAAUAAAAAAUACAAAUCAUGAAGGAUAUUUAAAAAACAAACAAAAAAAACCCAGUCAUAACUACUAGCUGGUGUUUACUUAUAGCUACUAGAAUAAGCCACAGCAUCUGUACCCCAACUCCUUGUUAAAUGUUUCUCACUGUAGCAUGUGUACCCCAACUCCUUGUUAAAUGUUUCUCACUGUAGCAUGUGUACCCCAACUCCUCCUUAAAUGAUUCUCACUGUAGCCUGUGUACCCAAACUCCUCGUUAAAUGAUUGUCAAUGUAGCAUGUGUACCCCAACUCCUCAUUAAAUGUUUCUCACUGUAGCAUGUGUACCCCAACUCCUCAUUAAAUGUUUCUCACUGUAGCAUGUGUACCCCAACUCCUCAUUAAAUGUUUCUCACUGUAGCAUCUGUACCCCAACUCCUUGUUAAAUGUUUCUCACUGUAGCAUGUGUACCCCAACUCCUCGUUAAAUGAUUCUCACUGUAGCAUGUGUACCCCAAAUCCUCGAUAAAUUGUUCUCACUGUAGCAUGUGUACUCCAACUCCUCGUUAAAUGUUUCUCACUGUAGCAUGUGUACCCCAAAUCCUCGAUAAAUUGUUCUCACUGUAGCAUGUGUACCCCAACUCCUCGUUAAAUGUUUCUCACUGUAGCAUGUGUACCCCAACCCCUCGUUAAAUGUUUCUCACUGUAGCAUGUGUACCCCAACCCCUCGUUAAAUGAUUCUCACUGUAGCUAACCCCUCGUUAAAUGAUUCUCACUGUAGCAUGUGUACCCCAACUCUUUAUUAAAUGUUUAUCACUGUAGCAUGUGUACCCCAACCCCUCGUUAAAUUAUUCUCUCUGUAGCAUGUGUACCCCAACUCCUCGUUAAAUGAUUCUCACUGUAGCCUGUGUACCCCAACUCUUUAUUAAAUGUUUAUCUCUGUAGCAUGUGUACCCCAACCCCUUGUGAAAUGAUUCUCACUGUAGCCUGUGUACCCCAACUCCACGUUAAAUUAUUCUCACUGUGGCAUCUGUACCCCAACUCCUCGUUAAAUUAUUCUCACUGGAGUACGUUGGUUAGUUUGCAAUGAGAACAUAAAAUGCUAAUUAAAGUACUUUUCAUCUAAUGCAAAAUACAUUGUUUUUUGAUUAUAGUAUUUUAUGGUACAUGUUCACCUUUAACAUUUCCUUAUACUCUCUAUAUCCAGCACCUCCUGGUCCUUGCCUCUAUUGUAUGUACCAGCCACCAUCUGCUUCUCCAGGCUCGACCGUUAGGCCCAGCAGAUCAGAGUCGUCUCUUUGCCAGCAGCCUGUUUGCUUGUGGUUUUGCUACCGCUCUACAAAGCACCUUGGGAACCAGGUAGGUGCAGGGAUUAAAAAAAGAAAAUCUAUUAAACAUAUUUAACAUUUCGCUAACAUUUUUUUAAACCUGUUAUGGCCAAGGACAGUCUAUGAUGUCAUAACGAUCUUGUAUUUAACCUUUUGCAACCCCUACAUAAUGCUGAAAUGUGAAAAAAAAAGUUAAGCCAAUAAAAUAAAGCUUACCUUAUCACUAGCGUUGGUUUUCACCAGAGAAAAAUAAAGCAGCACUGUCAUCCCCUGUUUCAUACAGCCAGGUGACUAACUGAGUAGGACUGUAGGGGUAUGUGAGUGAUGUAUGAUGGUUAACACAGUAAAUGAGUUUAAGUAUGUGUGGGAUAGGCAUAAGGCUAUCCUAACUAUAAGAUAAGGCCAGGGACUAAUGAAAGUAUUUAGAAAGCUGGGCAGACUAGAUGGGCCGAAUGGUUCUUAUCUGCCGUCACAUUCUAUGUUAAGGUGGCAUCAGUACCAACAGUCCUGAAUUUGCCAUGAAAGUCAAGCAUUUUGUGGUAAUGUCCCAGCAAAAAUAGGUCUCCAGACCUGUGCUACAUUUUGAAAUGUGCAGUCUGCCUGUAUGUGACUGUAAUAAGUAUGUAACAGGGUGUGUGGCUGUGUGAAUGGAGGAGGACAGUAUGUAACAGGGUGUGUGGCUGUGUGAAUGGAGGAGGACAGUAUGUAACAGGGUGUGUGGCUGUGUGAAUGGAGGAGGACAGUAUGUAACAGGGUGUGUGGCUGUGUGAAUGGAGGAGGACAGUAUGUAACAGGGUGUGUGGCUGUGUGAAUGGAGGAGGACAGUAUGUAACAGAGUAUAUCACAGGGUUCCACACAUUCUAACAAUCUAGUUGAGUUAUAAAGAGAAUCCACAUUUAUUGCAGACCUAAUAAAUGCACCUUCAAACAGGAGGUGCCUGGGUGCAGCCCUCUUAGCUCACCUCUGAAAAUCAGUGAACCCUGAGUUUUAGAAGCUGAUUGGCGGACUGCAGCUAACAGAGAACUUUGCAACAUUAGCUCAUAUCAGAAAGAAAGGCUGGAGUGUUUUUUCAAAGUUGGAAUCUAAUGCUAAGUUCAGAGAAUGGGAAUAAUUCACAGAAACUGAUUAUAAUUUAACUUCAAGCCAGGAACUGCAAUGUUUGGUCAUUCCUCUUGGCUUGUGGCUACACUCCUUUGUUGGAUCUCAAGGACUUGGCACACACAGAGGAAGAAUCGUGUUGUAAUUAUUUGUAAUAAGUUGCUGCAGUUAAGGAUCAUUAUAAAACAAUCGGCUCUGUCUGACAGAGCUCUAGUUUUUAAUUAACAAUUUAUUUACAGUUUAGCAUUUCUAAAAUGACAUAUUGAAAACCGGAGAGUUAUGAUCCACUUUAUAAUAUUGAAAAAAGCUUAGAAGGAAAGUCAGGGAAUGAAAAUAAAAAAUGUUACGCAUUGCAUAGAUAAUACAUUAAAAAAAUCGCAGGCAAGAUAAGAUGAGAUCACCUGAAAAAAAUGACUUCCAAUGAUCCUAAUCUACACAUCUUAAAGAAACUGACUGCUGAUUCAGGCAGACCGUCACCAGGAAGCGUCUCCACCAAUCAGGAGCCUGUUCUUUUUGCUCAUCAUGGCAUUGGGGAUCUGAUGUGCAUGCGCGAAAAUUUGCUACACGCACAUACAGACUUCCCCAUAAAAAAGUAUUGAAUUCACUGCUUUCCUGUGAGCUGCAAUUGAUGACGCUUGACAUCAAAUGUCACGACUGAGUUUUACCCGCUUGCUGCAGCGGGAGGCACCUCCAAUGGCUGUCUGUAUGACAUCACUAGAGACAUGAUUAACCCUUCAAAAACCCUUCUAAAUAUUGCCGUUAAUAUUUGAAGGGUUGAAGCCCAGACCACUUCAUAAAGUGGACUUGGGGUAAUUUGAGUGUCCUUUAAGUAUCUUUGCUUUUCUCUGGCUAUGUGUUUUCUCACCCUGUAAGUUGAGAUCGGGUUCUGUCACUGAUACCUAUCAAACCAUUCUACAGUUGUUCUGACACUUCUAUAGUUGUUCAAUUUUUCUUUUAUUAUUUCUUCUGUAUUGAUAUAAAACGUGUGUGUAAUACAGAGGAGUAAACCAUGCUGUAAUGCUGUAUCAUUACAAUAAACUGGGAUACAUAGAUUCAGGGUUAAAGGAGUACUCUGCGCAUCAUAAUCACUACAGCUCACAGAACUUUUGUGAAGUAAAUGGUGUGAGCUGUAGUGGCUAUGGUGUCUAGAGGGCUCCUUUAAGGAGGUUUAAAGUUUUCGGUUAGGAGGAUUUGAGAUUAAAAGAUCUAACAUUAGAAUUGUAUGCAGUUACAUAUUUAUAUUUGUUUUGUAUCCCUGAACACUAUUCUGUACAGGAAACAGAGAGUAUUCUAUUUUUUGUGUGUGAAAAGAGCUUGGUAUUGAAAUGGUUAAGAAGUGAUAUUACACUAUGAGCCUGUGGGCUUUAUUUUUAAAUUUGGGUUUUUUGGUAUUUUCCCAUGCACCAUGCAAUUCCUCACUGUGUUUUGGAACACAAAACAGACAGAAAAUAUCAAAAUUCCUGGGGUUUUGGUCUCUGGCCGUCCAUGAAGCCUUUACCACUUGAAAAAGAUCAUUUUUUAUUGUUUACAGUUAAAUAAAACAAAAAUGUAGACUAUGCUAAACUUGGCAGGGACACAGGGAGUUAAAGCUAUCUACAACUUUUCCAUUAAGGAAAAAAUAAAGGGAACCCCACAUGCACACACACACUAAAAUAUAAUCUAAUUAUAGUGUGAUAUGUUCGUUGUUUUAUGUUACAGUUCUGUUUCUGAUAGCCCUAUCUACAUUACAAGUGAGAGUAGCCCACAGAUGGCUAACAAGGGCCAGAUGUCUGUGUGCCAGCCCUUAUGACAUAGUGCCAAUCUUCAACAAAGAAUUGUGCUCUGAACUGUUUGCUCCCAUCAGUUGACGUACAGUAUGUCGAUUGAGAUGAUACCUUUUCAAUCAACAUAGUGUAUUCUUUUGUAAUUUUACUUCUAUCCUCCCCACUAUUCAGGCUGCCUCUGGUACAGGCUCCAACUUUUGAACUACUAAUUCCGGCCCUGACUCUUCAUCAACAUUCAGCCGGCAACAGAACAUCGAAAAAUGGUGAGUUUCAUCCCGAGCUGUAAAAUCGGAUUGGUCAGUGCUGGAAUGUGCAAAUCAAAAUUCUCUAAACUGGCACCAGAGGCGUAUAAGGUAAAAUGCCCGUGGGAAGGGUGGCUGGCAUGGUGUUAAUAAUUUGUACUAUUUAGGAUUGUCAAGUAUGGAUCACAAAACGAUGCUUUAUUAAGGUGGGUGUUUGCUGUACCUGUUCAUUGACGUGUAUAAACAGGCCAUCCACAUUUUAUCACUAAUUAAAGGAACACUAUAGGGUCAGGAACACAAACAUUUAUUUCUGAUCCUACGGCGUUAAAAGCACCAUCUAGUUCCCCUGAACCCCCAUAAAUAUAGUAAAAUCUUACCUUCAUUCUACUGGCUCUGCCCCUGACCUGCCUGCUUGGCUGACAUCAUCAGAAGUGAUUCUCUGGGCCAGUGCUUUCCCAUAGGAUUGGCUGAGACUGACAAGGAGGCAGAUCAGGGGCAGAGCCAGCAGAAGUCAAACACAGCCCUGGCCAAUCAGCAUCUCCUCAUCAUGGAGAUACACGGAAGGUAAUGAUUCUACUCACCAGAACAUAUACAAUAAGCUGCAGUUGUUCUGGUGACUAAAGUGUCCAUUUAAAUAAAACAUAAUUCUUUUCUUCUCAUCCAUGCGCUGUUAUUCAAGGUGAUUGUGACUUUAUUAGUGUUAUACGCACAUUGUAAACACCAUGAACGCAAUCCCAAUUAAACCCUGUCAUUUAAUGUGUUCUUUUCGAUUUCAAACCAUCUUCUUCUGUCCAGACACGCAAGGAUCAAUACACUGCGCUGAAGGAGACUGUGACAGGCUGAAAAAUAAUGUCCAUUUCAUUGCAGAGGUUAGUAAUGCAAGAAAAACAUUAAAAAUGCAUUUAUCCAUGUGGUGCUUUAAAGUGUCUCGAUCAGUUUUAAAUACGUUCAGCAGUUUUUAGAAUAAAAUAAAAAAAAAAUUAUUUUCCGGUUAAAUUUGGGCAUGUUGGGUAUCAAAUAUCAUCGUAGAGUUCAAAGGAUCACUUUCUGCUUCCUGGCUAUUGGAAAGCUGAGAACUACUCUGCUCAUUGAUUAAAGGGAUCAAUCAAACAGCAAUGUCCUGUCCUAUUUUAGAUUGAAAGGAAGUCUUUGUAAUUUUUGAUCACCCUGAAUGAGACCAGUAAGCCUGUUUAUUAUAUGGCAGGUUAUCAUAUCACAUAGUACGUGACUUCCUGAGAAAGCACGUUCCUUUUGUUUUCUAUCAACAAAAUGGUGGUUUGUUUCAUUGGUGCAGCAAUAACCUAUAAGAGAGAAGGGAGAUACUAAUUUUAGACCAACAAGGAAAAAUUUGCAGACUUUUUUUUCUGAGUAUUUUUUCCCAAAAAAAGUUUUAGUUCCCUUUUCCAUUUUUCACAAAUAUUGUAUCACUGUAUAAAAGCCAGUCUUUUUCUCUACCCAUCUACAUAGCUAGGAAUACAUACAGAUUGACUACACUGUAAAGGCAAUAAGUGAAGAUGCUCCAGGUUUCUAUUCAAAUACUCUCUCUGUGCAGGUGUCAGGAGCCGUGCUGGUUGCAGGGGCUCUCCAGGUGGCAUUUGGUGCCAGUGGUCUCCUGGGUCGGAUCCUGCAGAAUUGUGGCCCCAUGGUUAAAGCUCCAGCCCUAUCCAUCAUUGGAUUGUCAUGCUACAAACAGGCCGCCCUGUUCUGUUCUUUCAAUUGGAUCAUCUCCUUACUGUAGGUGUCCCACCCUGUGGCACUUAUUCCUGAGUGGUGGACUGGAGAUCACAGUCAGGUCUGGAUCCUUGGUGUAAGCCCAGACCACCACUUUCAUAUCAGGACUGUCCUCAUGAUUUAGAAGUGAGAGGAUAAUCAGUGAACAUAUAAUGGAAAUAAAUAAAUAAAAAUUACCAUUUAGUAUAUAUAUAUAUCCCCAAUGAAAACAUGCAUGCAUUUGAAUAUAAUUUUUUUAGUUGAGGGUACAUCUAAAAACAGCUUGCAAAACCUACAGUUCUAUUGUCUUCAGCCUUUGCAAGCCCUCCCUUUCUAGCCUCGCCCAGAAAUUCUGUGGCUGUCCAAUCACAGACGUUCCAAUGCAGCUCAAUGAGAAUUCUUUGCAAGGCAGGUGCUUUGGGCAAUUGCUGCCUCUUGAGUUUAGUUUCACCAAGUUAAACGAACAAGGAAGUAACACGACCAGUUGUCUUAUUCACAGGUUGGGAGAUGUAACAAGGUUAAUUUAUAAAAGUGCCAAUUUCUACAGAAAUGUGCACUUUUGGUAAAAUAAAAAAGAGCACUUAAGUAAGCUAGGGGUCUAGAGUGCUCCUUUGCCUCUUGGAAAUCGUUCUAUAUAUAAUUACAAAUAUUGGCAAUUAUUCUUUUAAAUAUCUUCUGAUACAAAGUUAGAAAACACUUCCAUGAAUAAGCUCAGCCCCAGUGAGUUUCACCUACGCAAUAACUAAUCAGACAGCUUAGUUUUUAGUGAUUUGACGUUGUUCAGGAUAUAAAACCGUUUUGAAAAAUUACUCUGUAUUUCACAGACUCAUACUCAUAACUGGGGUGUUAUCCCAAAUAUGCCGCUCUUGUUACCUGCCGAUAUGUACGUGGAGAUCGAAGAAAGACACGGAUAAGCAGUAUUUCCCAGCUCUGCGCAUGUUCUCAGUAUGUUCAUACGGUAUACAUGAUUAUAAAUAUAAUAAAGAAAGGUGCAUGCUGUAUAUAGCUAUCUAUUUAAUAAGCAGAUAUAAUGAUAUCACGGACAGCUAGUGUGUAUAUUCAUAUAUUUAUUGUUACUGACGCCCAUAUACACAUGCAAAUACAUCUAAAUGAAUUUUAAUUAUGCUGUAUUCCAUCCUUGUUGGAUCUGACAGCUGGUUCUGACAAUUUCCUGCACCUGGAUUAUCUGCAGCUCUUUAAGAAUGGUGAAUGAGCGUGCAGCGCUUGACAGCGCAGUCAGGUCUUCCGUCAAUGAUUCAACCUUCCUCACCACCGCAUCUCUCAUGGGCAUCGCUGGCACUGAACAAAACGCCAUCGAACCAGCUGCCUGGUUUAAAAUCCCAUCUCUGGGUACGAACAACCACAUUUUAUCCAGCAUAGAAGGAAAGACUUUGUAGAAGAAAAAAAUAUAUGGUGAAAAUAGUGCUUUCUGGAAUAAUCAGGAAACUGGAGAUUUUAUGCUAAGAUAUAUUUAAUUAAGUGCAAAUUUUCUGAAAUUCAAAGUGAAUUUCAAAUUGUAAGUUAAAAUUGUUAAAUUGUACAAAAAUGAUAGAUUUUCAAAAAGAUUCUCCAAGAUAUGUUUGGCUUAAAAUGUGAAAUUCUCAACAAUUUUAACUUUAGCGAUUAACCUUGAUGCGAGGAAUCUGUCACAUAUUGCAGGAGAACUGGUAUCAAAUGUUUACUUUUAACUUUAAGACUAUUUCAUGUAACGAUAUAUAUAUUUUUUUAAAUGAUGUAUACUGAUUUAUUUAUUUAUAAUUUACUUGUUUGUCUGCUGCUAUCACAGCAGCAGACAAACAAGUAAAUUAUAAAUAAUAACAGCAGAAGCAAGUUCGGUUAAGCAGCAGUUGGUCAGAUAACAGCAGAGUCUGACUCAAUAUGGCCACUCUGCCAGAUAAAACCAAAUGAAAUUUCGUCAUUAAAAUCAAUAUACACCAUUUAAAAAUAUAUCAUUAAGUUUCGUUAAAUGUAAUAAACUUUUUUAAAAAAUGACAAGUGAAAAUUUGAUAAUGAAAAAAAUCUCAGGCACUCACUGUACUUGGUUCCAGGCAGAUUUAUUACAACGUUUUGACCUGUACAGGUUUUUAUCAAGCUUGAUAAAGACCUGUACAGGUCGAAACGUUGUAAUAAAUCUGCCUGGAACCAAGUACAGUGAGUGCCUCAGAUUUUUUUCAUUACUACGUAUCUCUUGGAGGUUGCUGACCCGUGCUCAGUAGCACCCUGCGUUGGUAUAUUGUGACUGACUGCGACCCUACUUUUUGUUUACCAAGUGAAAAUUUGAUGACAGUUGUCCUUUAAGGAGAACAUUGUGGGGACACAAUAUCAGAGGAACACUUGCCAGCAGUGAAAGAUUAGAUGAACAGAUCCACCAAACUCUGUGUGUCCUACAACAUCACCACCACAAGUCCACCCAGCCCAAUGUGUAAAGUCGUAGCUUAUCCUGUCCUAGUCAUGUCUGGCUUUCUAUAAAAUACUAAAGGGUAGUUGCUAGGCACGUGGCACAUUAGCAGUCAACUUGUGUGACACUGUUGCAAGGACUGUCUAGAUGAAAUUGGGAUUUCUGGCAGCUAUGAAAUGUAGCACAUGAAAUUUAUGUAAAGAUCUGGACAUUUGUACCCUGUGUAAGGUUUCCCACCGUAAGCUUCCUUGAUUGAUAAAAGUUGGAUGAUGAUGAUGUGAGUUACAGUGUAUCAUAUUGUGUAUUUGCUUGUAGGUGCCUGGGGUUGGCCGCAGUUCACUCUCCAUUCAUUGAGCGUGGGGAUUGCCAUGGCUCUGACCUCCAGCCUGUCUUCUCUCUGUUGUUACAUUCUGUGUGAUCGGAUGAUAGACUGCCCUCCAAUCCCAUCUCAGGCCUGCAACAGGGGGAUCUGCAUGGAAGGGGCUGGGAAUAUCCUAUCAGGUAUACUAGGAAGUAUCUGUGGAGCUGGCUCCAGUAUCCCUAAUGCUGGUAUGGCAGGAAUCACCAAGGUAACUUUUUAAAACUGCCCACUAACAUGUGUUGCCCAUGUUCUUCUCAAUAUAAUAUAUUUUAGGAGAGUCAGCUUGGUUCUAUAAGGCAUCAUGCUCUUCCUCUUUCUCAAUUUUAAAACUGCCCACUAAAAUGUGUCGCCCAUGUUCUUCUGAAUAUAAUAUAUUUUAGGAGAGUCAGCUUGGUUCUAUAAGGCAUCAUGCUCUUCCUUUUUCUCAAUUUUUAACACUGUGUUCUCCUAAACAAUCUGUGAACCCUCCAGCAGGUCAGAAUGUUAUGAUGUACACUGAUUAGCCACAACAUUAAAACCACCUGCCUAAUAUUGUGUAGGUCCCCCUCGUGCUGCCAAAACAGUUCUGAUGUGUCGAGGUAUGGACUCAACAAGACCUCUGAAGUUGUCCUGUGGUAUCUGGCACCAAGACAUUAGCAGCAGAUCCUUUAAGUCCCGCAAGUUGCGAGGCGGGGCCUUCAUGGCUUGGAUUGAGAUCUGGGGAAUUAGGUGCCAAGGAAACACCUUGAACUCUUUGCCAUGUUCCUCAAACCAUUCCUAACACAUUUUGCAGUGUGGCAGGGUGCAUUAUCCUGCUGAAAGAGGCCACUGUCAUCAGGAAUCACCAUUACCAUGAAGGGAUAUAAGUGGUCUGCAAAAAUAUCGAAAUAGGUGGUACGCAUCAAAGUAACAACCACAUGAAUGCCAAGCAGAACACAAGUAACAAUAAGUAAUUAAGGAUUACUUAAUUACUUAUUGUUACUUGUGUUUUUAUACUUGGAAUAUUAUUGUCAUUGGUCCCUGAGGAAGUUCCCUUGGUGAAACGAAACGCGUAGGACCUGUAUUCCCUUUAUAUAUUAUAUGCUGGUGGUUGUUAUCCACUUUUUUAUAAUAAAAUCUUUUUGAUAUAUUAUACCUCAAUUCCAUCAUUUGGAAUCCUGAAUUUCCAUCUUUUCAUUGGAGUGGACGUGGGAAUAUUUAGCCACCCAUCUACACCGGGGAGGCACCUCUGAGCGCUUUUUACAUCUCUAUCUCAUUGAGUUCAGCCGUAUCCCAUAUUUUCCUCUGUUUUCCAUAUAUUGUAUAAGGUCAUCUGUGGGUUAACGAUCUUGGGAGGCUGUUUUUUCCUAAAUCAGAGAUAAGUAUAUUUUUUAUACUUAUAUUACCACACUGGUUACACUUUGGUGUUGUAUUUUGUUGUUUGAUGUUGAUGAAGUCUGGUAGAACCAUUAAAAUGACCACCAGAGAAAAUGGUUCAAAUCUACAGUAAUGUGGUUGUUCAAUAAAGGUGGAGUUUUGGGAAUUCAAAGUAAAUUUUAUAAACUAUGUCAAAAUACCCAUACUGGAAAUCUUCUCAAUUUAGUUAUGUUUUCAUGUUUAUAUGUGAAUAAAUUGCCAUUAUAUUUAUACAUCUUGGUUUCUACAUACCGGUAUGUUAUCCUAGUGGGCUGUUCACACACAUCUAUAGAAUGAUAAAUGAUCACAGUGUCUUUUUCAUUUACCACUUCGCUGUUUCCAGCUAUUUACAUUUUUAUAGAUUACUUUUUUGAACCUAUAGUCAUGUGCUCUCUUGUGUGCGUUUUUACAGUUAUGUUUUAGUUUGGCAAUUUUAACCUAAAAUUAUUGGAAAUUAUAUAUAUUAGAUCUAUUAUAAAAAUAUUGCCUAAAGAUCUAGACAGAGUAAAUUUUGGUUGUUUCUAUAAAUCAAGUAUAAUUUAGCAUUUAUUCCCUAAGUAUUGGAUUGUGGUGGAUUUAAAACAAAAUUGCUACCUUUAAGCAAAAAGUGCUGAUUUGGAAAAAUUCUCUACCCAGUUACAAUGACAGUUUUUUUGCCUACAUUUUACUACAGGUAGUCCUCACUUUGUGACUUACCUGUCUAACGACUGCUUGGACAUACGAACAGCCCUCUAGCGUAGGGAUUCGAGGGAUUCCCCACAUUAGUAAGCUAGUCUAUGUUCUGGAAUUUUCCCCGUAGAUUCGAGGGAUUCCCUGCGCUAUUGAGAUGGUCUAUGAGCUAGUGAGCUGGUCUAUGUUCCCCCAAACAUAGACCUGCUCUCUAGCGCAUGCAAGACUUGGUUGUCUCGGCAUCCUCGCUUACCGACCAAUUCCUUUUAUGACUGAGUUUUAGGAACAGAACUCGAUUGGUAAGUAAGGAUCAUCUGUAUUCCAUUUUCAAUUGACUACAAUUUGAUGUUAAGUAAAUAAGAUAUCUCAGUAUGCUUAGUGUAAUCUGAAAAUGAUCUAUCUGAAUGUGUAAUAAUUGUCCUUUUUAGGUGGGAUGUCGCCAUUCUGUUCAUAUUACUGCAUUUCUGCUUAUUGCAUUGGGUUGCUCCCCAAGGAUCUCUGAAUUCCUGAUGGAUAUUCCCUUUGCAGUCCAUGGUAAGUGAUAAUUUUUAGACUGAGCAAGACUGACCUUGAGGCGACUCUAGAGAGAUGCCUAGGGCCCACAUUUUAGACAUGGUAUCCGGAACCAUGAAUUUGCCAUUAACCAUCCCUACGUGAAGAAUAAAGAGGGGGGAGGGGACCCCGUACCUGUAACUUGCUGAGGGCCCAGUGGGAUCUUAAGCUUUCUCUGUGUAUAUAUUAUUGUCAUUAUUGCACACGUCCUGUACUGUUUUAUCUCUAAAGAUAUGAUAUUAUUGUUCUUCCAUUACCUUGCAGGAGCAGUCCUGAGCUUGACGUACUCCAUGGCCUUGGGAGGCGGAAUCUCCUAUUUCCAGUAUGCAGAUAUUGACUCUGGUCGGAACAUCUUCAUUGUAGGCUUCACUAUGUUUAUUGCACUGCUCAUCCCACGAUGGCUGGAAGCAACACCAGGAAUAUUAUUCACUGGUGAGGACCAGCUAAUAAUCCCAUCUAAUCCCUUCUUCCUUUCCGCAAAAACUGACCUGUCUCUUGUUCCUCAUCAGGCUGGAGACCGCUAGACCUCCUCCUGCUUGGACUUUUAACGGUGCCAAUUUUUUUGGGCGCAUUAUUUUCGUUCAUUUUGGAUAACACUGUAUCAGGUGAGAGAAAGAUCUACACACCAUUAAUACAUUUAUUUCAUCUGUCGGUCUUUUAAUAUAAUAUUGCACAUUGUGUUUUGAUUUACCAAACGUGCAAUACAUUAAAGAGACACUAUAGACACCAAAACAACUUUAGCUUAAUGAAGCCGUUUUGGUGUAUAGAUCAUUCCCCUGCAGUCCCACUGGUCAAUUCUCUAUUAUUUAGGAGUUAAAGCACUUUGUUUAUAGAGACCUAGUCACAACUCUCUGCAUGUGACUUACACAGCCUGCCUAAACACUUCCUAUAAAGUAAUGUUGUAUUUACACUUCCUUUAAUUCAUAUUCUAUUUAAUUUGAAUGUCUUAUCUCCUGCUCUGUUAAUAGCUUGCUAGACCCUGCAUAAAAAACGUUUAAAGUAAGUUACAACUGAUUAAAAAAUGAAACCAUUUUGUUUUCAUGCAGGCUGUGUGAGUCACAGUCAGGGGAGAUGUGGCUAGAACUCAAGGGCUGCAUAAACAGAAACAAAAGUGAGAUAACUCCUAAAUGGUAGGGAAUUGAGGUAUGAUAUAUACACCAAAAGCUCCAUUAAGCUAAAGUUGUUUUGGUGACUAUAGUGUUCCUUUAAUUAGAGCUCAAGAAAACACUGACCUGAAAUACCAAUGGCAACAAUCGUUCAGCAGCAUUUAAAAAAAAUAAUAAUAUCUGCACAACGGGAGUCAGACUUGCCGGUCUAUGAUACCAAGUCUUUUUUUUGUGCCACAUUGCUCUUUUCCUCACUAAGCAACUCAAUCAUCUUAAUUUUAUUUUUUAAAGGUUGAAACAUCUACCUUUCUGUUUAUAUACAGACCUGAAGAGACUUUCUGUUUUGUUCUUUACGGUGUUGUUAAAAUGAGCUUUUGAUGUGCUGAUCCUUAGCUCUCUGUAUAUAGGAACUUUGCAGGAACGAGGCCUACACUCGGACCAAACGCUUGGAUGCCCUGUAUCUGCAGUGAACACCCCGAUGGGAAAGGAAGAGGAGCUGACAAAAUCCUAUGGACUUCCUCUCAUGCAGAACUGCCUCUUCCCUGCUGUGUACCCAUGCAAUCAGCUCUGUCCUCUGCACUACGAGAGAGUGGACAUUGUGGAGAGAGUGUGAAGACGACCAAUCACUGGCAGCAAGAUCUCCUGUAUUAAACCUAGUGCACUGAUAAAGGCUACAAACCCCUCCGUCAGGUUCUGUAUGGACAUAUGGAGCUUAUAGCAGAUCUGAAUAUGUUAUGAAGUCCCAUCCUUUAACCCCUUAAGGACACAUGACAUGUCUGACAUGUCCUGAUUCCCUUUUAUUCCAGAUGUUUGGUCAUUAAGGGGUUAAAGCAAACCUGACACACGGAAGUUCUUCACAAAGAUAAAUUCUAUAGUUAAAUCUGCCUUGUGUUAAAAUGAAAUAAACGUUUAUUUUUGUUUUGUAUAUAUUAUUAAUAUAAAGUAUUAUAGGCCUAUUAUUUGCCUUAGUAUCUCUAGGAAAAAUUUAGAAAAUGCACUGUAACUAUGUCCUCUGUUCUCCAUCAGCUAUGAUGACAUCAUGGAAUUAACAUUAUAUGCACACAAAGCAUGUGGGAAAUGUACGGAAGGCAUCAGAUAUCUCUCUGGUUCCAGCAUUCAGGCCCCUUUAAUAGUGACACGGCAGUAAUACAACUCCGGGCAAAACAGGCUGUCAGUAACUGCAAGAACAAAAUGUGUUGCAGUGAUGACAACGCUUUCAUCACAGAUAUUAGCACACUCAGUCCUUUCACACGCUUGCAUUCAGAUCGCAGUUGUUGUGUGUAUUUUUUCUAAAAAUGGACAGAUCUGUUAAAGCGGCUCUGACACCACAAAUAAACUUUAUCUAAUUUGCUUCUAUAUAGCUCGCUGUGUCCGAAUCUAAUUUUAUUUUUUCCUGAACGCUCUAGUUUUCGUAAAAUACAUAAA